AUUAGAGGGAAAUCUGGGUGGGUUUCUGAUGGAAACUCACCCAAAGAAGCGCGAGGGAGUAAUGAGGGAGCAUGAAAAAGAAAGGUGAAGGAAACUGGAACCCUGCUUGAAGACAGGUGAAGGAAACACAAAAAGAGCCUCUCCUGAGAUCCAAAGAAAAGGUGGUCGUUCAGACAAUGACAGCAUGAGUGUCAGUAAGCAUUAAACUCAUCCACCUAACCCCGCAAGAUUACCACAGAUUACCAGGCCCCGAGGUAGGCCUGAGACGCUGGACUAAUCACUUCUUCGUGAGUUCAAUCCCUCUCACUGAGGUGGAGGAACAGGUUGAAGAACGGGAUGUGCCCUGAGAGUGGAACCGAUUAGUCUCAAAAUCCGCAGGAUAAGAUUUAGAUGUUUGUCUUUAUCUGAGAGGGGAGAAGAUAUUAAUAUGAGACCUGAGCGGUGACUGCAGUAGAAACAUGGGCUAAAUUUGUGUCUCCAAAAGGAAACAAAGGUCCCAAAUUUAAACCUGGCCUGCUUCUCUUCAUCAUGCCUAUUUCCUUUAAGUGACACUGCAGCAGGAGGAGAGUUAGAGCUCCCCCUGCAUCCUCUGGCCCGCACAUCUGUCUCUUGUUUCCUUCGUGCUGGAAAAGAUUAAAUCCCAUAGCUUCAUCUUUCUUUAUUCCACUGUUCUCUGACCUUUGCUCAGCGCUAACCGUUCUCCUUCUCCAGCGCCGCCCUACUUCCAUCUCUCCAACAGACUACUUUUUAUCUUCCCCUCCGACCUUCGUUCCACUUCUCAAAUACCACUAAUCCCCUCUCCUCACUUCUCUCUCUUUCCUACCACUUUAUUUUCAAUCUCUAUUGUAUUAUCACAGAAAGCUCCCCAAUCUUCUGCUCCAGACAGGUCACCAGAACCUGUCUGGCUCUUGCAGCUAUUUUUGACACACACUUGCCAAAACCAUUUCAUUUCUCAUUUGGCUGCUUUUGAGUUGAGACGCAGUCAUGCUGGAGAAAAUGUCCAGACGUAACCGCUCCCUGCUGUCACUGUUCCUCACCUCUCUGGCCCUCACGCUGUCCGUCUGGGCUUUCUGCACCUCUUAUUGGUGCGAAGGGACACACAAGGUGGUGAAGCCGGUCUGCCUGUCGCCAGUCAAGAUGAAAAACUGCGGGCAGAACAACAGCCAGCCGUACACCACAGAGGUGCCCACCCCAGACCCCAGGAACCCAGCCUCCAAUGUCACGCUGUCUCCAGAGCAGAAGGAGGAGCUGGCCAGGAUAAGGAAAAAGCAGCUGGCCAACGCUGUCCACUACAUCUGGGAGACAGGGGAGGACAAGUACAUGCUGAGAUACUUCCACACCGGCUUCUGGCUGUCCUGCGAGAAGCACAAUGAAGGUGCAGAUCAGGAAGAAAAGUGUCGAAGCUUCAUUGAGCUGACACCAGGAGAGACACAAGGUGUGCUCUGGCUGUCUGUCAUCAGUGAGUUUAUGUACAUCGGUCUCCUGGCUAUGGGCUUCUUACUGAUGUGUGUGGAAGCACUGUGCCUCUGCGCCAAGAGGGAAAUGAACGCCCUCAAGAUCAAUGCCUUUGCAGCUAUGUGCACUGUCCUCUCAGGCAUGAUGGGGAUGGUAGCUCACAUGAUGUACACAACAGUGUUUCAGAUGACUGUGAGCAUCGGACCUAAAGACUGGAGGCCACAGAGCUGGGACUACGGCUGGUCUUUUGCCAUGGCGUGGCUUUCAUUCAGCUGCUGCAUGGCAGCUGCUGUGGCCACAUUGAACUCCUACACCAAGACCAUCAUUGAGAUGAAGCACCGGGCUCGGGUAAGGCUGGAGGAGGCCCGAAAUACCACCAGUGCCCCCUCCUAUGAGGAGGUUGUUCGAGCUGGGCCGGGAGGGAUUUACUCCGUCAGUCAGCUGAUGCAGCUUGGACAACAGGGGGCUCUAAUGGACCCAAUGUGGCCCAGAGGAGUGGGACCAGCUGUUGGACCUCUGACAUGUGGCGCUGGGGGAGCACUGCUCGUUGGUGGAGGAGGAAUUGGAGUUGGAGGGAUGGGAAAUCUUGGUGUUGGGAUGGGACUGGGAGGAAUGCCAUCUAUGGCAGGUGCUGGGGGAAAUGGUGUUGGAAUGGGAGGUGGAGCAGGGGGAGGAAUGGGAGCAGGUGGAGUAGGAGGGGGGAAGCUGGCAGACCCUCAUGGUGUGGUUGUGGUGGAAGGCUGCGGCACCGAAGGAUGUGAAGAUUGUGAACGUGAGAUGGACGAGAUAAAUUAUGCCCUCCAGGAGGAGCGAGAGGACUCGCUCUGCUAAGACUUCUCGGGGCAGAAGACCUCGACAAACAUCUCUCCACGGCAGAUUUUACUUAUCUCACUAAAACUACAAUAAAAUAUAUUUAAAAAAAUUCACAGGACUUGCACAGACACACACACACCUUUAAUCUUUAACUGCAGUUUUGUACAUGUGGGGUUGCAGAAGUUUCAAAUCAAUUCUAGACUAUUUUCAGUACUACAUCUAUUACAGUAUGAGAAUUUCAAUUUCUGGACCAGUGGCGAGCAAAAGAGCCCGAACUGUUAGUGUUGUGGUUUAUUACUGUAAGAGUUACCACAGCAACAUCUUCAUCCUAUCUCAGUAGUGUUUCUGUCCACAUGGCGGUAUAAACUCUGCAGACGUAUGUGCAGUAGAAGAACCAAAAUAACUGGCUUAAAGACAAUGCAAGCUGCACAGAGCUGCAAUGUUGGGAGUUGGGAUUAUUAUAUUGGCAAGUGAAUAUUUGAAUAGGGUUUAAUACCUGAAUCAGAAUAUUAUGGCCCUUCUACAUGUCUUACACAUGGAGUUAGCUUACAGUUGUUCCUGGCUGGAAGUACAUAUAACUUUAGGCAACUGAAAUUUAAACACACGCGCGCGCACACACACACACACACACACACACACACACACACACACACACACACACACACACACACACACACACACACACACACACACACAGUUUGAUUUUAUAAAACUGCACAAAUUAUUUUGUUUUUCAAGCCUUACAUUUCUUCAGGGAUUUGAUGUAAUUCAGUGACUCAUUGGAUGUUAGAGAUGAUGUGAAUGUAUUCAAGGGGCAACAAUACAUAACAAAUAAUAUAACACAAGUUUGCAAUCACAUUUGCUGUAUGUAUAUUUUUAUUUUUAAUCUGUUUUUGCAUGAUUGUAUAAAAUUCUCUCCACAUUAAGGUGAUGAAUAAACAUGAAGCACAUUCAUUGCAUGACUGGACUCGUCACUUCUAAUAGACUUUAAUGGAAUCAAUGAUACUAAAGUUCUUCAAGACAAGAAUUUAUUUUCUUUUUCAAGUUCAUUCAAGUUAAGGGUUUAGGCUUUCAAACCUAACUUAACUGUACCAUUCGGUGCUAUGUGCACCUACAUAGAUUUGCAUUCAAACGUAUAGACUUUCUAAACUUUCUGAAGAUGAUGUACCAGUGCGUCAUUUCUACUUUAGAAAUUUAUAGAGUCGACCUCUGUAAAAACCUUUUCAGGAAGAGACUUGUCAGGAAGAGGCCAGACUCUAUAGAUGCCCUUCUGCAUCCAGCAGUAUGCACGGGUCCACUGGGACACCCGAACCACAGGUUUUUGGUAUUUCCACAUUGGCUUCAUUCAUGCUAGAGAUACAGCUCCAAGGUAAUGUAUAUUUGCAUCGAUGAAAUCAAGAAGAACCAGAAUUUCGAGUGUUUGUCAUCUAAACCUGCAGAUAUUUCUCAAAACUGUGUCAGAAAAAAUGUAGUUUAUUUACAUAUCUGAAGAAUAAACUGGAAAUAAUCAACCCUGUCUGAAAUAUUUGGGUGUGACAUGGCUCGUCUUUAGCUGUGGUAAUAAUGGGGUAGACUGUGAUCAAUGGUGUCUUGUAAACUUAGUGUUGACAUCAGAGUUUUUUUUAUCAGUUUUUAUCAUUUAUGAAGAUGCUGCAAGUGUAUUUAUCUUUUUGCAUUGUAACUACAUCACUACAAUAAAUUAAAGAACCAACACUGGCUGACAUCUUUAAGUUAAAAUACAAAGAAAAUAAAUAAAGGCAAAAAAUACAUCUGCUUUUACAUUUUAAUAAACAAGAAGUUACAAUUUUUAAUUUUUUGGUCUUUAGCUUGGCUUUGACAUGUUACAUAUAUUGACCUUGACCUUGAAAUAAUUUCGGAUGAUUUCUACUCACUUUGGAAUUAUUGUGACUUUUUUUCUUCUUGCUAUUAUGAGAUUUAUCUUCAUAUAUUGUAUUGAAAUAUUUAAAUAAACAACUGGCAACAUUUAUAAAACAUUAAUUACUUUGGUGAUCACUUUACCUUCCACUCAGAACCAUCUAAAAAUCCAAGUUUUAACUCGCUGAAUAGAAUCAAAUAUCUGCAGAACCAAUACCUGUUAAGGGUUCAUUUGGGUCCCUCAGACACAGAUACAGUAGAUCGAGGAAAGAAAGAAAAAAGAAGGAUCAACAAUUACAUUCACAGAGAGAUUUGGAUGUUCAGACAGAUGCUUUCAAAUGCUGGACAGAAGAUUAUGUCAGUAAUCUCUGCAAUCAGGGGAAUGAGAACGAGAGAGACAGAGAGACAGAGAGAGAGAGAGAGAGAACUUGACAUCAUGCAGGGACAGAAACAGAUAAAAGUCAACUGUAAGGUCUCUGAGCAGUAUGUGGAGAGUAAUUAAAAUGUAUAUAAACAGUUGAAUUAUGCAACAGUUACACAACCAACAACAUAUAAAAAUUAGAGGCUUUUUAAAAUUUGUAUAAAUUUGCAUAAACAGACCUGUGUCAAGUUUCAUUUUGAACAUUUUGGGAACACCUGAAGGCUCCCAGACACCAAACAUGAUGUUUUUGAAGGAAGCAUCUGAAGUAAAUUUAUUUUUCUGUGACUUGAAGUGAAUAAAAAAAGUAAGGCAGAUGUCUCUAAGAAACUAGAACAAGAAAGUAGGUCUUUUUUAUUAUGAAACAACAUUAAUCUUUUAUGCAGACACUUCUGUGUCUUGUGUAACUUAAGAAAGUGUCCACUGCUAAACAGGACAUCUGGAGAUAUGUGUAUGCAUGAAGGAUUUGGCUCUUAUUUGUAGAUAAAAUAUGAUCAUGGUGAUAUUCCGAUCAGUUUGGUUUGGUGACAAAUUUCUGCUACUACAGCAACAUAAAAGAGGAGAUUUCGAUGCCGAGGUAUUUAAAAAUCCACACAGCAAUACUUGUUUCUUAAAACCAAGUUCAGAUUAUUUUGGAUUAUCUCCAGACCAUACUGAGAACACCAGGGAUUUGUUAAAUCUGAACUAUUCACAGCGGGAUACAAGGAUUAUACUAUAAAUAGUUUUGGUUUUUUGGUUUGCUUUUUAGGGUUUUUUAUUUUUCAAAUGUAGUUCUUCUUUUUUUAGUAGGACAGUUACCGAUAAUGCAUUAUUAAGUUUUGAGUUAUCAAAAAAUAUAUAUGGGAGAAGAUAAAUGGGAAAGGAGGUAAUAAUAAAGAGACACAGUCAUUAACAAGAACUUUAGUUGUCACUGACUUCAGCACAUUUCCUGUUUUUGACACAAAAACUGUGCAGCUAUGUAAAUAGCAGUGGAAUACUUCAACAACUACAGAUUGACAUUUUUUCUUCACUUCUUCAUUUAGAGCACGCUCUAAUAAAGAAAAAAGGACUGCAAUAUUGUCAUGGUUGCUUUAUUAACUUUGUCUUGACAUUUUGUGCAAGUACUGCAUACUUAGCUGUGGAUCAUCAACAGUGGAGUUACAUCACCAUGACUUGAACUACAGAUGUGUAUACCAGAAAGCCAAAUCCUUUUCAGAGAGUAAAUUUGUUAUGAUGUGGCAAAAAGGACCAAAAUGCAGACUUGAACAAAAAAAUAUAAA